ACUCCCGGCGUGCGGGGCGCGUUUCAGGGCAUCAGAGACAGCCGGCGCCUCCCGGGGGGUGGCCGCUCCACUCCGGGGCACCCUGCCCGCGCCUCGCAGCCAGGCUCGGCCCCCCACCGCCGGCACACCCUGAAACUUUCCCCGGCAGCCUGCGCACGCUCUUGCUUCCCGCGGGGAGAAAACGCGCUCCUUCUCCCUCCGUGCAGCGGGGACGGGGAGGCGGGCAGCCUCUGCCUCCCUCCUCUCCCCGCCCCGGCUCGCCCGCCCGCGGAAGCCUUCCCGAGGCUCCCGCAUUGCACCGCCGCGCCGUGCCGGAGCUCGGCGCUGCCCACCCGCGCCCCGCCGGCCCCCCGCGUGCCCGGCCGGCGGUAUGAGCGCCGGUGAGGCGAAGGAGUAUCUGGCCCGCAGGGAGAUCCCGCAGCUUUUCGAGAGCCUGUUGAAUGGAUUAAUGUGUUACAAACCUGACGACCCAAUUGAAUAUUUGGAAAGCUGUUUGCAGAAAGUGAAAGAGCUUGGAGGGCCAGAAAAAGUGAAAUGGGACACUUUUGUCAGCCCAGAAAAGAAGACCCUGCCUCCACUCAAUGGAGGACAACCCAGGAGGUCUUUUUUCAGAAAUGUGAUGCCUGAUAAUUCGAACUUCCCGUACCGACGGUAUGACCGUCUCCCUCCAAUCCAACAGUUUUCCAUAGAGAGUGACACCGAUCUCUCUGAAACUGCUGAACUAAUUGAGGAGUACGAUGUAUUUGAUCCUGCAAGACCUCGACCAAAAAUUAUCCUUGUCAUAGGUGGCCCAGGAAGUGGUAAAGGAACACAGAGUUUGAAAAUAGCAGAACAUUAUGGAUUUAACUACAUAUCAGUUGGUGAAUUGUUAAGGAAGAAGAUACACAGCACAAGCAGCAAUAGAAAAUGGAGUCUAAUUGCCAAAAUAAUUACUACUGGAGAACUGGCCCCUCAGGAAACAACCAUAACUGAGAUAAAGCAAAGAUUAAUGCAGAUCCCUGAUGAAGAGGGUAUAGUGAUCGAUGGAUUUCCUAGAGAUGUUGCCCAGGCAAUCUCCUUUGAGGACCAAAUCUGUACCCCAGAUUUGGUGGUGUUCCUGGCAUGCUCCAGUCAAAGGCUGAAAGAAAGGUUACUGAAGCGUGCUGAACAGCAAGGAAGACCUGAUGAUAACCUGAAAGCCACUCAAAGACGACUGAUGAAUUUCAAGCAGAAUGCUGUUCCAUUGGUUAAAUAUUUCCAGGAAAAAGGGCUAAUCAUCACAUUUGAUGCAGACAGAGAUGAAGAAGAAGUGUUCUUUGACAUAAGAUCGGCAGUUGAGAAUAAACUAUUUGCAAACAAAGAGGCUGCAACAGGGCCAAAUGAACUUGAUUGCAGUUUGAUUAUGGAUUCUGGUGAUCCCGUGUAUACAGAUUUUGACUUUGAAGACCAGGAGGAGGAUCAAUCAAGUUUUUUCGGUUAUGAGAGCACAGGAGACUUUUCAGAAGACCUGAGGAAAUCAAACAUAAUUUUUGUUAUCGGCGGGCCUGGCUCUGGCAAGGGUAGCCAGUGCGAACAGUUAGCCAAGAAAUAUGGAUUUACUCACCUGUCCACUGGUGACCUUCUCCAAAAUGAGUUAUCAUCAUUAUCAGAGAGAAGUAAACUGAUCAAAUACAUCAUGGAAUGUGGUGAACCUGUGCCUGGAGGUAUUGUCCUAAAGCUACUGAAGGAAGCCAUGAUUUCCAAGUUAGGGGACACAAAAGGUUUUCUGAUUGAUGGGUAUCCCCAAGAGCUGAAAGAAGCAGAAGAGUUUGAGAGCAAGAUUGGGGAACCAAAACUUGUGUUCUGCCUGGACUGCUCCCCAGAAACAAUGAGCAGUCGCCUUCUGCUGAGAAAUCAGAGCAGUCAGCCCACUGAUAAUGCUGAAACCAUCAAGGAAGGAAUUGAAAGCUAUUACCAAGCAUCAAAACCUAUGAUUGCAUACUAUGAAAGGAAGACACAGUUAUACAAGGUUGAUGCAGAAAGAACACAAGAGGAGGUUUUUCUGGACAUCCGCAAGACCAUUGACUCUUUUCUCAACAAGCAAGAGGCAGCAUUUUGUUAUCCUGCAGAAACGCAGUAACUGUGUUCGCAGCCUCACUCACGGGCACUUGACAGUCAUGACUAAAAUGCUGUUCAAAGCAAUACUGCUUUCUCAAGCUGGAUUCGUGCAUGUGGUAUGUUCUUUUAGGUGAAAUCUUUUUUCCUCUGUUCCGACAGCACACUCAAUGGAGUGGUUUGUGUGCUAACUCUAAGAACCACCUUGUUUCAUUGGCUGUUUGCUCUUCACGAGUUUAAAGCAGCAUGAACAGCAGCUCUGGUUGGUAUCGCAUUCGUUUGAUUGGAAAUCAGACAGUGCCUGGCAGGCAGCGAGCUCCUCAAUCACCUCACUUGCCAUUUAGCGUAUUAACGUUGCUGCAUACAAGUUUCCCAUUGGUUACUACUUUAAUUAGCAGUAUUAAUUUUAAUGGUGUCACUUGGCUCAUUCUUGGGCUUCAGAGACCAAAACCUGUUCUAUGUUACAUGCAGCUGUGAGACAGCUGGAAUCAGUCAAGCUAGAGGUUAAAAUAAACUUUUCCCAUGUCCCCAGAACACUGUAUUGCAACAAGAAGCAGAAAAAUUAACUGAAGGUGAAGACACUAUUAAAUACCAUGGAAGCCUGUCAAUCCAUUACUAUGGAGCAGACACCGUUUCUGGGACAACUUGUCUUGUGCUGAGAAUUGUAAGAUAUUAUAAAUGACAACUUCCCGGUUUUGUGAGCUGAGGUGAAAAUGAUGAUUGUAUUGUGUAGUUAAAUGUGCAAUCUGGUAACUGCCCAUAUCAACAGCAGUUUUACUGUAUUAAGUCUACGUAUAAAGUUGACUAUGAGAAAGAAUGUAUGAAGAUUUCUUUAAAUCCUACAUGGGAACUAUUUCAAUUGCAAAACUCAGAUCAUGUUGUCUUGUACUGGCAUUGCCAAAACCUGGGGGGAGGGGGGGGGAAUAAAAAGAUAACAAAAUAGGAAACCAUUAUGGGUGAUUGGGUUCAUUUUGCUUGUACCUUUAGUAAGCCAUUUAUCUGUAAUAUUUGCAAAGAAGUCUGUAAUAGUCACAUCGUAUUUCUGUUCAGUUAACCAAAGUAUUGUGGUUUCUUUGGUAUACUGAUAGCUAAAUAAAAGCUUGUUCAACAUUCCUGUGAAGUAACUGCAUCCUCGUACUGGAUCUACUGGACGAACUCACAGCUGAAGUGGGCUGCAUGACUGCUCUUACUGUCAAUGUUGUACUUUAUGCGGCAGAUUUGUAUUUUUGAAGUUACCUUUCUUGUAAUGAAAACAUAAUGCAAAUAAAACGUACAAAAA